AUGUCCUCGCCGUUCUCCAUCAAUGGCGGCGCCUGCGUGGCCAUGGUCGGAAAGGACUGCGUUGCCAUUGCCUGCGAUCUCCGACUCGGUCUCCAAGCCCUCACCGUCAGCAACAACUUCCCCAAGAUCUCGUCCUACGGCAGCAGCUGCUAUCUCGGCCUCACUGGCCUCGCGACCGACGUCAGCACCGUUUCUGAGCUCUUCCGCUACAAGGUCGACAUGUACCGGCUAAGAGAAGAGCGCGACAUCAGCCCCCAGACUUUCGCCAACCUGGUAUCGUCAAGUCUGUACGAGAAGCGGUUUGGACCGUGGUUCGUGAGCCCUGUGGUGGCGGGCAUCAACAACACAACGGGCAAGCCGUUCAUCUGCGGCUUCGACUCGAUCGGCUGUAUCGACUUCGCUAAAGACUUCAUCGUCUCUGGAACCGCGUCCGACCAGCUCUUCGGUACCUGCGAAGGUCUUUGGGAGCCCGAUCUCGGCCCAGAGGACCUCUUCGAGACGGUAUCACAGGCACUCCUCAACGCCGUCGAUCGAGACGCCCUGUCAGGUUGGGGCGCGCACGUCUAUAUCAUCGAGAAGGACAAGGUCACCAAGCGGUUACUCAAGGGCCGACAAGAUUAG